CUGUGCUCUGUAGACAUAACCACAGAGCCAGCUGGAAAGAAGCAAGCAAAGACAUAGCCAGUCACCCAGACUCACAGAGUGGAGGCUUCCUGGGACUGAGAGGGGACAUGCUGGGCCCACACUCACCGCUGCUUGUUGUAGCUGGCCUGCUCUCUCUGGGAACUGCCAUGUCCCAGGAGUGCACCAAGUACAGAGCCAGCAACUGCCAGGACUGUAUCCAGUCGGGGCCUGGCUGCUCGUGGUGCCAGAAACUGAACUUUACCGGGCCAGGGGAGCCUGACUCCCUGCGCUGCGACACACGGGCACAGCUGCUGGCGAAGGGUUGUCCAGCCGAUGACAUAAUGGAUCCCAGGAGCCUUGCUGAAUCCCAGGAUGAUCGACGGGGGGGACAGAAGCAGCUAUCUCCACAAAAAGUGACGCUUUACUUACGACCAGGGCAGGCGGCCGCCUUCAAUGUGACUUUCCAGCGGGCCAAGGGCUACCCCAUUGAUCUGUACUACCUCAUGGACCUCUCCUACUCCAUGCUAGACGACCUCAACAAUGUCAAGAAGCUGGGUGGUGACCUGCUUCGGGCCCUCAACGAGAUCACUGAGUCUGGCCGCAUCGGCUUUGGGUCCUUCGUGGACAAGACAGUGCUGCCCUUUGUCAACACACACCCUGAGAAGCUGAGGAACCCGUGUCCCAACAAGGAGAAGGCCUGCCAGCCCCCGUUUGCCUUCCGGCAUGUGCUCAAGUUAACAGACAACUCCAACCAGUUUCAGACAGAGGUCGGCAAGCAACUGAUUUCCGGAAACCUGGACGCCCCUGAGGGUGGCCUGGAUGCCAUAAUGCAAGUUGCUGCGUGCCCGGAGGAAAUUGGCUGGCGCAAUGUCACGAGGCUACUGGUGUUUGCCACAGAUGAUGGCUUCCACUUUGCUGGUGAUGGAAAGCUUGGUGCCAUCCUGACCCCCAAUGAUGGCCACUGCCACCUGGAAGAUAACUUGUACAAGAGGAGCAAUGAGUUCGACUACCCCUCAGUGGGCCAGCUGGCCCACAAACUUGCUGAGAGCAACAUCCAGCCCAUAUUUGCGGUGACGAAGAAGAUGGUGAAAACCUAUGAGAAACUCACAGAGAUCAUCCCCAAGUCAGCAGUGGGGGAACUGUCUGAUGACUCCAGCAACGUGGUGCAGCUCAUCAAGAACGCCUAUUACAAACUUUCCUCCAGAGUCUUCCUGGACCACAUCAACCUCCCGGACACCCUGAAAGUCACCUAUGACUCCUUCUGCAGUAACGGAGCACCAAGUCUAGGCAAAUCCCGAGGAGACUGUGACGGUGUGCAGAUCAACGUCCCGGUCACCUUCCAGGUAAAAGUCACGGCUUCGGAGUGCAUCCAGAAGCAGUCCUUUGUCAUCAAGGCACUGGGCUUCACCGACACAGUGACCGUAGAGGUCCUUCCCCUGUGCGAGUGCCAGUGCCGGGACCAGAGUCGGGAGCAAAAGCUCUGUGGAGGCAAGGGUACCAUGGAGUGUGGCAUCUGCAGGUGUGAGUCUGGCUACAUUGGGAAAAACUGCGAAUGCCAGACACAGGGCCGGACGAGCCAGGAGCUGGAAGGAAGCUGCAGGAGGGACAACAGCUCCAUCGUGUGCUCAGGGCUGGGGGACUGCAUCUGUGGGCAGUGUGUGUGCCACAACAUUGAGGGCUCCAACAAAAUGAUCUUUGGGCAGUACUGCGAGUGUGACAAUGUCAACUGCGAGCGAUACAAUGCCCAGGUCUGCGGCGGCCCACAAAGGGGCACCUGCUUCUGUGGUAAAUGCAAUUGCCUUGAUGGCUACGAGGGCUCAGCCUGCCAGUGCAAGAGGUCCACGGAGGGCUGCCUGAAUGAGCGGCUGGUGGAGUGCUCUGGCCGUGGCCGGUGCAGCUGCAACGUAUGCGUGUGUGAGGGAAGCUACCAGCCACCGUUGUGUAAGCCCAAUCCCAGCUCCUUGCCCUGCAAAGAGAGCAAUCACAUCAAUUGUGCCGAGUGCCUGAAGUUCGAUAAAGGCCCUUUUGAGAAGAACUGCAGCUUGGCGUGUGCCAAUUUGACGCUGAAGUCCGACCCGGUAGAUGUAACCGUUUGCACGGAGAGGGACUCAGAGGGCUGCUGGAUGAACUACACCAUGCAGCAGAAGGACGGGUGGGACCGUUACGACAUCCACGUGGAGGACAUCCGAGUGUGUGUGAAAGGCCCCAACGUGGCUGCUAUCGUAGGGGGAACUGUGGUAGGUGUCGUAUUGAUCGGUGUCCUCCUCCUGGUCAUCUGGAAGGCCCUGACCCACCUGACUGACCUCAGGGAGUACAGACGCUUUGAGAAGGAGAAGCUCAAGUCCCAGUGGAACAAUGACAACCCCCUCUUCAAGAGUGCUACCACAACGGUCAUGAACCCCAGGUUUGCUGAAAGCUAGGGCACAAGGUACCAGGAUCAGGCAGACGAGACCCUCAGACCACGCCUCCUUCCUUCUGAACCACCAUGUGGCUUACGGCUCACCACAGUGCUGCCAAGGAUCCAAAGGCCCACUCUCUCUUUCUCCCUUGAAGUCAAGGCUGCCAGGUUUUCUAGGGACUCAUCUUCCGACCUGUACAAUCUUGCCACAGAGUCUUAGAGAAGAAUGUCCCAAGUCUUAAGGGGUUCCACACACGUUCUCUUGCAUAAAGGAAGACAGUAGUCUCCGUAAAGGUGGCACCAACUUAUUUAUAUUUAAACUUGACAGGGUAUAUCUCAUUUAUUAUAUUGUUAACAUCUCAUCCAUUAUAUUAUCUAUGCACAUGGAACUAUAUCCCACAUAUUCUAUUGUAAUGUGUAAAAAUAAUAAAGCUUCUAUCCAUGCUGUCCA